CUCUCCCUAACUCACUCUAAUCACAAUGGAUUCUUCUAAGCCAAACGGUGAAGCCAAUGAUUCAACUUCUCCUCCAACAAAAAUUGUUCCAAAAUCCAAACUAAAUCCAAAUGCAGCUGAGUGGAGAUUGGCAGAUAAUCGAGUAAGCGAAAAAGAAAGAUGUCUCUACAUAACAUUUUCGAUAUGGAACCCAUCUUCAAUCAGUGCAGAUGAGAUUGCUAAAUAUUUUAACAAUGAAUAUAGACACAAUAUAUAUGGACAAAGGUGUGUGCAAUCAGUUGUGUUUUAUCCGAGAAAUGAUGGUCAAGAUCAACCACUAAGUGCUAAAGUUAUUUUUAAUUCUUCAAUUGCACCUUUGACUAUUUUGGAAGGACAAAAGGAAGCCUAUUUAUUAAUCAAUUCCAAAUUCAUGUGUUGCAAAAAAUACCAACCAAAGAAAAAACAACGCAAGGAUCGGAAAGUACGUGGAAUAAACAUAUAGGUUGGAUCUAUCUAUUGCAAAAUUAAACUUGGAUUUUAGAUUCUGUCAACAACAAAAAAAACUUGAGUUUUAGACUCAAUGGAUUGGAGAGACCUGACAUGUGUGAAUUAAGCUUGAAAGAAUAGUUGUCAUGUGUCAUGUAUUGAAAAAAUGGUAUGUUUAAAUAUCUUUAAAAUAAAUAUUUAGUAGUGAACUUUUUAUUUAA